ACGGCACCGGUAUGUCCGGCGAGAAUUACGCCGAUUCCUGGAUUGAUGUUAAGGGAGAGGGCUAUACCAUCGAAGACAAUGAGGGCAACCAUUCAUUGCUCGACGGCAUACAACUUCACUAUGUAGAAAAGGCCAAAGUAGGUGGGUGUGAAAACAAGAUUAUUCAUGAUAAAUGUGCUGGAUUGGGAAAAGGGGGAAAGUGUGUCAACGAUAGCAGUAAAGUUUGCGAAGGGUCUAAGAAAAAUAUAAUUAAUGUGUCGACGGAUAAGGAGUUUUUAGCGGCACUGAAAGAUGUAUCGCCCGGCGAUACCAUAGAGUUGGCGGACGGCAAGUAUCACAACAAAUUCAUAGCUAACAUUAGCGGGACGGAGGGAAAGCCUAUCACAUUGACCGGCUCUAAGAAAGCAGUCGUCUCUGGAUAUAACUAUGGCUUUUGGCUUCAGGCCAACUAUUGGAUAGUCAAAGUUGUUGACAGCAAUAAGGGUAUUAUGUUAGAUGGUGCUAAUCAUAACAUAUUGGAGGACCUGGAGGUUCAUGAUAUUAAACAAGAGGGCAUCCAUUUCCGAUUGAAUAGCGCCGAUAAUAUUCUGCAAAAGUCAUACAUUCACGACACAGGCCUCGGAAGUCCUGGGUUUGGUGAAGGAGUUUAUAUUGGAUCAGCGGUGAGCAACUGGGAGGGCGGUAAGCCAGACAAAAGUGACAGAAACCAAGUGCUGAACAACAGAAUCGGUCCAAAUGUGGCCGCGGAGGAGAUCGACAUCAAAGAGGGCUCGUGUUGUGGUAUAAUCAAGAAUAAUGUGUUCGACGGCACCGGUAUGUCCGGCGAGAAUUACGCCGAUUCCUGGAUUGACGUCAAGGGAGAGAACUAUACCAUCGAAGACAAUGAGGGCAACCAUUCAUUGCUCGACGGCAUACAAGUGAGACAUACA